AUGGACCCGGCGUCGAUUAUCGGAAUCGUGGCCGCUGCAUGCCAGUUCGCUGAGCUGGCGGCAAAGGGCGCAAUCAAGGGCGCUGGGCUGUUGAAGAGCCUGAGAGACACGCCUGCCAAGCUCACGGAACUUCUGAGACUUGUUCAGAUAUCCAAACAGAAUAUGGUACAACUGCGAGAUCACCUAGCCCACCCAACUCUCCUGAGCCUUUUGCCCCAACUUCAACUACAAUCCUUUCGAGACGACAUCGAUCAAGCACACAAAAUAGCCGAAGAAUUGGAAGUGCAGAUCGAAUCCCUUGUUGGACCUACCACCCAGGAUUUGAGGGGGAUCAAAAAGCUCUGGCGAGACGUCAUCACAAUCAAGAAGGAAGGGGAGUUCAACGACAGAUUCGAAGCCAUCCAGCGGUACAAUGAGCAAAUCCACCGCGGACUCUCAGGUCUCCAGGUUGCUCUGUCCACCAAAAAUCUGGAGAGCAGUGUAGCCAUUGGAACGAGAGUCAAUCAGAACACUACCGUGCUGGCUGAGAUAAAAGACAAGGUCUACGAGCUGAACAGCAGGAAGACCGAUGUUGACAUCGAUGUGAACGUGCAUGGUUCUACGCUCAUCGCAGCUCAGCAAACUCGAGCCAGCCCAGCAACAACCCGGGUCGAAUUCGAGCUGCGACUUGAGCCGGUGUCGAUCAGAGACGAAAUUCGAAGCGAACUGAUGCUACUGAUGACUGGUCAAGGGCCGUACGCCAGUGCGUCCAAUGCGCUUCUUCCCAUCGUAUCACGCCUCUCCCACGAAGACAGAGCGCAAGUAACUAGCAUGCUUCUGAUGACUCAGGCUCAGCAUGCAAAUAACCCGAGAAGACACAGCAACUCUGCAGCAGUGAGACGCUCCUUUGAUUGGCACUCCGCCCCCUGGCCACCACUGUGUGAUUGCGAUAUCAAAACCUAUAACAUCGAAAAGACAUUCAAACGUGGUCCAUUCUCUUUUGGUUAUGGCUAUGAGAACCAGAAGCGACAUCACACCUCUUGCCCCUACAAUGGAGGAGAGGCAGUGAAACAAACCUGGAACUAUCGGCUAUGUAUGCAACUCCUCCCUCUGGUCAACAAAACGGUGCAGUUCGCUCUCUCUGCGACAAUCGGCGGUGACGGCCUUGAGCUCCAGUUCCCGCUCAAAGUGUUUCCUACCGUUCAAAGGGCCAAUUCAGCGAUAUUCAUGCUCUUUGAUAAUUUCGCCGAGCGAUGCGCAGAGCUCGGUUUCUUCAGGGGAUAUUACGUUAAUCAACGUUUGUAUCCUCAGUUCUUGGUCCACGGCGUUUAUCCCAUAGACAAUGAACACGACAGCAAUACCGCGGUUGCGUGGGACAUUGAUCGUGUUCGCCAAGAGCUCCGACACAUUCGUAGGGUGUUGUGUGAUGCUCAUGUACUGCGAAUCGGUUCAAUCAGAGACAGGGAUGAAUCAGGAUUCACUGUCCUUCAUGAGUUGAUGCUUUUGGUCCUACAGUUGAUACCGGUGUAUAGCCACGUCGUAGACGAAAUCACAGGCCUUCUGAAGCUCAUCUCAGUUAAUGACAUCGACGCACACUGUGUCACCGAAGGAGAAGAACAGAUACUCGAUUCACAAGAGCAGCCAUAUCUCCCACUUGAUUUUAUGCUCGGCAUUAUGUCGCUGGAUUCCAACGGUAGCACGCUACAACUACAUCACGAUGUGACAUACUACGACGUGGCCGAAGAUUUCGAAGUCUUUGAAUCUGAUGGAGAACAAGGCAAGGCAACCAUGUAUGCCUCCGUUUAUCGUGCGUUAUGGACAUUGCUAAGGAGGAAACCAGAUUUGUCUACAAUUAUUUUUAAUGGAGAACUCGCAAGGAUCGUUCUGGAUCGAGACCUCCUUAACCUGGAACAAUUCCUGACAUCAUCCACACUCAACUGGAGAGCACAAGCAUUUGGGUUAUACGGAAUAAGCAUUUUAGAUCUGGCUGUGGGUUGGAGGGAAGGACUCCAGGCUCUGUCUGCCGUCUGGACGUGGGAUGCGUCAUGCACCUUUUGGCUGGCGUUCAUGAUAUCUGACAAGGACUCUUGCCACCAAAUUCUCGACUCGUUCUUCUUGCCUAUGAACAGUUGUACUUUCAUAAGGCUUAUGAUGGACUUAAUCAAGGCUGAUGCAAUGGACUGGGCUCAAACCGUUGUCAAGUCGCAUGUUCGCAAACGCAGAGAUCUUGCCGCCCUUGGCCGUCAACACUUAUCGCCCACCGACCAAAAGAGAUUGGGACUUUCCACGGCCGAAGUCACACCAUUGAAUCUUCGAGCGCGGGAAGUAUACGACCUUUUGAGGAAGAAAGAGAUCCAAGUCCCUCUAGCCUUGCAUCCUGGAUAA